AUGGCAACACGGACCCAGAAUGAGAACUCUUGUCUGAACUGUCGCUCCAGAAAGGUGAAAUGCGACCGAGUCAUACCCCAAUGCUCACCAUGCAAGAAACGGAAGCUCACCUGCGAGGUGCCAGUGGCGCCGCCUCGGAUGCUGUGGUUGCGGCCGCGGUUGAAGGUUGGUUCUGACGAUGAGUUGGAGGACUUGCAUGCGCGGCGGCGGCCUUUGUUUGCGGCUCAAGACCUAGCUCACAAUGCUGCCGACUUGUUAUGCAUCGCGGGCGACAGCUCUGUCCUAUCGAUUCUCGACGAACUAGACCGGAAGACCGAAGAUAUCGAGGGGGAUGAAACAUUAUGCAACGGACCAUUUCACGUCUUCCAAGCCAACGAUAUGCGAUCACCCACUCCGUCCAAUUCUCUUAUAGAUAUCUUCGACUCAGAGCUCUGGGGUUCUGCCUUGACAAACGUUAGCAACAUGCUGGAAGCCGAGGGCGAAGACGAUUCACUCCAGCGUGGAAAUGCCUCCGAGCCCCUCGCUAUGGAAGACGCCAUUCUACAACUCGAUUCAUUUGAUCUGGACGGAAUCGACUUCUUAUAUCCAUCAACUCCUGCGACCCUCAAGCAAGCCUUGCUUCCCCUUGCAUCUUCUCCUUCCCGCGCAUCGGCACUGGACUUGGAGGAUUUCAGCAUGCCAACUGCCAAAAUGCUUCUCGACCAUUACCGGAACAAUAUGGUGGCCUUCUUCACUCCAGCCCGGACUGAGGUGAAGUCACCAUGGGAAGCCAUCUAUAUCCCCAGCUUGCUCAGCACAGUGGGUGAAAUCGGGCUCGCCGGCGACAGCAGUAAUGCAAAGGUCUCCCUGCUUUUUGCAGUAUUUGCAAUUAGUGCGUUCAGUCUAGAUGGAAGGUCGCCCUCAACAGGACCUGCGUCCCAAGACUGGAAUGCUCUUGGAGAGUUAUAUCGCGAGAGGGCGACUAGACGGUUGAAACUAUCGUUGGCGGACUUGUCUCGCAAGCAAGCAAAGAAAGAGAAAUACAAGGAUAUAUUGAUGGCUCUUCUAAGUAUGGUAACUAUCAGUGUGGUGAGCGGGAAGAUGGGGAAUGCAGCUCAUUACCUACGAGACGUUGAAGAGAUCAUCAACCUCCAUGGCGUACAAAAGGUGUCUCGAUCAUCGAAAGUCCGCAUGCUUCACAGUAUCUACCUUUACCUCCGCGUUCUGACGGAGCGUGCUUCCACCAUCGAAUACCGAUCUCAAUCAUCCACUUCCACGAGCUCAAAAGAUCCCACCUUUACAUCGUCGGCUCAAGAAAUUGUCAAAUGGGACAGCAUGAUUGGAUUUGCUCCAUCGUCACCAGAAUCCGGUGUAAAUCUAGAUUCCGCCUCGAGCCCAGCAUCUUGCAAGUCGAUGUUCGAGGAAAUAUACUCCGUGCCCCAGUCAUUAUUCAAACUGAUUCUUCAGACCACGCAUAUGAUAGCGAUGGUUGAGAAGCAGAAGAGAACCGGGAGACCACCCAGCAUCGAUCACGAUGCCUUUGCGGCUGAAGUCAAAGAUCUAGAAAGCAACAUCUGCAGCUGGGAGUACGUGCUUCAGGAGGACUUGGGAUACUAUGCUCACACUCCUCUGCCUGGAAGAGAACUCUUCCCAUACCAUCUCGUACAAGCCGUGCAUAAGGCGUUGAUUGUCUAUUUCUACCGCUGCGUGAGAGACGUCAACGCUGCGAUAUUGCAGACCCACGUUCAACAGAUAAUUCAUCACCUUUCGGAAUAUGACAGAAUGAAGCAAAAAUACAAAGACCAGUCUGCUAACACUUGUUGGCCCGGGUUCAUCGCGGGAUGCGAAGCUCUCGAUCCGCAGCUCAGAGAGCAGAUCGCUGACUGGCUUAAACGAUCCGGCCAGUCGAAUGGCAUUCGCAUGUUUAAUGUGGCUUUGGAAGCUGUGCAGAAGGUCUGGCAGGCAAGGAGCCAUCCGGGAAUGCAGAACACUCCGUGGAAUGAGGUUUUGGCGCAAUUUAGUGAGUUGAGGGUACUUGUUCUAAGUUAA